GAGCCAAUCAGACGAGCUCCUGCGAGUCAUGUGAUUAUUUCAGGAAGAAACGCAGUCUCCGCUAACAACAUUUUCAUUGCGUUGGAAGUAACUGCAAGUUUUCUGAUAAAAACGUCAAGUAGUAAAAGAAGGGAAAAAUGUUAAAUGUAAAAAGGGUUGUGUUGUGCUCUAGACCAGGCAAAAAUGGUCAUCCUGUCCCAGAGAAUUUCCGCGUAGAGGAGAUCAUGAAAUCCCCCGAGCUGAAAGAAGGACAAGUGUUAGUCCGCACACUCUUCCUCUCAGUUGACCCUUACAUGCGCUGUCGCAUGAACGAUGAUACUGGAGCUGACUACCUGUUGCCAUGGAGAUUAGAGGAGUGUGUGGAUGGAGGUGGAGUUGGUGUAGUGGAGGCCAGCGAGAGUCAGGCAUUAUCUGCGGGCACUGCCGUCACCUCCUUCAACUGGCCUUGGCAAACCUACGAUGUGAUGGAUGGCAGCCUUUUGCAGAAGGUCGAGCCCGAGAUGGUGGAUGGUCACCUGUCGUAUGUUCUGGGGGCGGUGGGCAUGCCUGGCCUCACCGCUCUUUUGGGUGUGAGAGAGAAGGGUCACGUGACUCCAGGAAGACACCAGACGAUGGUCAUCAGUGGAGCAGCCGGAGCUUGCGGCUCGAUUGCCGGACAGAUCGGCAGGUUGGAUGGUUGUGAGAGAGUCGUGGGGAUCUGUGGCUCCGACCAGAAGUGCCAGGCCUUGGUAACAGAGCUGGGUUUUACAGCCGGGAUAAACUACAGACAAGGAGAUAUCAGCUCAGCGCUGAGGGAGCACUGCCCCACGGGCAUCGAUAUAUACUUUGACAACGUAGGCGGUCCCAUCAGCGACGCUGUUAUAUCACAGAUGAAUCCCGCUGGUCAUGUGAUCCUGUGCGGCCAGAUAUCGCAGUACAAUAAGGAUGUGCCUUACCCACCUCCUCUUAGUGAGGAGACCCAAGAAGCUUUGCAUCGCAAAAACAUCACAAGAGAGAGAUUUGUCGUGUUGAACUACACGGAGAAGCACGAGGAAGGUCUUAUGCAGCUCAGCCGCUGGGUAAAGACUGGCCAGAUAAAAGUGUUGGAAACUGUCGUAAAUGGUAUAGAAAACAUGGGAGAGGCGUUCUGCUCCAUGAUGACCGGAGGCAAUGUCGGUAAACAAGUUGUCAAAAUUUCAGACUGAGUCAAGCAUCUGCUUCUGGAAGCCUUGUGGAGGUGGUGCAGUCAUUAGAAAUCUGGGCUGCUAACCGAAAGGUUGCUAAAAGACAGCUGAGGUUUCUCCAGUGGGACUGUCCCUUUAAGCGUGCCGUACGUCUAUGUGAAUAAAGGCAUCAACUUAGUUGACCUAACAUUUUUAAAAUAGAAUUAAAGGGAAUAGUUCCACUAAAAAUUUACAUUUUGUCAUCAUUUACUCAUGUCCAUUUACUAUGUGUUUUUAUGUUAAACAUAAAAGAAGAUAUUUGGAAAAUAUUGGUAAUCAAACAGUUUUUGCUUUCCAUUGACUUCCAUAGCAUUUCUUUCCCCUCUAUAAGUCAAUGGGGACCAAUUUGGUUCUUCAAAAGAUGAAGGACAUGAGGGUAAAUUAU